AAAAAAAAAGAAAAAAGGAGAGUUCAUUGGUCCUUAAAUUGAAAAAAGAUUGACUCAAAGAGUACCAUUCGAACAAAAAGUCAUAGGUACAGGGUUGAUAUUAAGGGCUACAUCUUCAGAUACUCUCAUCACAGUAAAGCAUACGCGUGAUCUUCCCUCAUUUGACCCUUAUCUUUCUCUUCCAGAUGUGGUAUCUAUGACCUCAAGAACUGACAGUCAUUAUGAAAGCAGAGGCCUCCCCCUCCAAGGUGUUCUUUAUGCAUCCUUAUUUUAAACUCCAUCUUUGAUAAACAUGUGAAUUUGCUUUUUAUUCUCUUUUUUUUUCUUCUUCAAAAAGUGCUAUGUUAAAGGCGGCCAACCAAGUGUUACAGGACCCACUUAAAUACAUUGUGGUUCCUAUCUUGUUCUUUCUAUAUAAUUUACUAUUACUCACUUAUGGAUCCUUAUUUGAACCAUGGAUGCAAAAAUGGCACAAGUAUAAAGAAAAUAAACCAGAGAAUAGGAUGAUCAAUCAACUAAAGAAUGCCAAAACAUUUGAAGAAUGGCAAGAAAGAGCAAAGGAACUGGAUAAAUACCUAAAAAAUGAUCAAUGGAUUAAUAAACCAGAAUCAAAGAUUUAUGACUACAAAUUGAUCAAAUCUCGCCUAGAACAUCAGCGAAAGGCUCGUGAAAUAGGUGAUGUUGAUAAUAUGAUGUAUCUCUUGAGAGUUGGAUUACUCAGAAACUUUGGUGGAAUCUGUGACAGAAGAUUAUUCUCGCAUGCUUAUGUUGGAACAAAGCAAUUGAUUCAAGAUUAUAUGGAAGAAGUCGUUCGACAAAUCGAAUAUAUUGAAUCCACGCCCGACUUUGAGCCUCAAGCCAAACUCAAGUUCUUUAGCGAUACGAGACAGAGCUUCGGUUGUUCUGCCUUGGUACUUCAAGGAGGAACUGCUUUGGCCUUGUAUCAUAUUGGUAUUGUCAAGGCCCUGAAUGAACAAGGUCUCUUGCCCCGAAUCAUUAGUGGAACGGCGAUUGGUGCCAUGAUUGCUGCAUUGAUCUGUAUUCAUACUGAUGAAGAAUUGCCUACAAUUCUUCAACCUGAUGGUAUCAAUCUGACUGCAUUUUCAAACAAGAGAGCUACAGGGCACUUUAAGCGACGCAUUACCCGAUUCUUAAAAUAUGGUUAUUUGAUGGAUAUGAAGGUAUUACAAGAGUGUGUGCGUGCCAAUGUGGGCGAUUUGACAUUUGAAGAAGCCUAUGCGAGAUCAAAGCGUGUUCUCAACAUUAGCGUAUCAUCCAGUCGUACACAAGAGGUACCGCAACUACUGAACUACCUGACAGCUCCUAAUGUGCUUAUCUGGAGUGCUGCAUGUUGUUCAACUGCUUCUGCUGGGCUUUUUGGCAGUUGUGAUUUGAUGGCCAAGGACAAGAACGGCAAUAUCGUCAAAUGGAUCUCGUCCAAUGUUAAAUGGAACCAUUGGUCCGAGACAUCACCUGCAGAGAGCGAGACGCCUCUGUAUCGACUCUCUGAGCUCUUUAAUGUCAAUCACUUUAUCGUCUCCCAAGCAAGCAUUUAUGCUAUUCCGUUUAUUGCCAAGGCCCAAAAUCUUCAUCAUGAAACCUUGAUUCACAAGUUGGCCUAUAUCGUUGCUUCUGAGUUCAAGCAUCGACUGUACCAGCUUGAUCAGCUUCAUCUGUUGCCCCGCGCUUUCCGUGGUGUGAUUGAGGAAAAGAUGUCGGGUAAUGUCAAUGUGGUGCCUGAUUUGAACUUUUCGGAUUUGAACAUUUUGUUUUCAAACCCGUCUCAUCAAUCUUUAGCUUACUGGAUAUUGCAUGGUGAAAGGUCUAUUUGGCCGCUGAUCGCAUUUAUAAAGACGCGUUGUAUGAUUGAACUAGCUUUAGACAGAGCUGUUUUGAGAUUAAAGGCUAUGAAUGUCGAAAGAGAACCAGUAGUGGUUCGUAGUCGCUAUAUUGAAAACAAAAAGAGAGCAAAGUCGAUGCAUUAAUGUAUUCUUUUCUUCCAUGCUUGAAGUUGACUCAAUAGAUUCUUUGAUACCAAAUUGUCUGUUUAUAUUUGUUUAAAUUAUUUCGUUUAUCAGUAA